UCUCCGUCACCGACUGCAGUCAGUACCGCAGACAUAUUCGUGUCCGUCCGUUCGUCCGUCCGCGUGCGCGCACACGUCCGUCUUAAGCCCGUAAUGCGCGGUUACUAGUGGUUACUGGUCGCGAUAAAACCGUUUAAUAUUUACCCGAGUAUACCGGGUUGUUUGUACCGCGAGACGACCAUAAGGACUCACGCCCGCUUACGUUUUUUUACGGGUUUUUUCGUUCGUUCCUCCAAGUCUCUCUCGUCGAGUUCCCCCUAGUCUGCGAUCGUUUUUUGUUUUUGUAUUUUAGCGACCGCCCGCUCAAGUGUCUAAGAGGUGUCCGUAUAUGUAAUAAUAAUAUAAUGUGUAUUUGCAAAUGCGAUAAAACAAUACGUGGUGUGUUUGUGUGUGCGUGAAACUUGGAUACAUAGAGUUUUGUUCGAGAAACGAAAAAUAAAGAUAUUAUAUAUUGACCGGCGCGCUUGGUGGACCAACGACCAAAUAUAGCAAGGUGAUGAAGACUAAUUUCUCUUAUGCGUAUUUAUGUAUCCAGUUCCAAACUAUCUAGUUUCCAAUGGUUACAAUUGUAUUUUAGAGGUCGGUACCACGUACGAUGAUAACCGCGACGAGCCGACAGACAGCUGGUGCAGAUGAACAGCAACCGACUGCGCGGGCAGCACUCGAUCGCAACAGUGCAGGACAGACGACCGGUGGCGGCGGCUACGACCACGUUGUUGACGCAAUGCCGCCGCACUGAUUUCGGGAUCGGAGUCGGUUGCGGCGACGCCGUACGUCUACGCACUGACGUCGGCCGGUCGGUUUUCCGCGACUGCAGAGUCGACGCCGACGAUCAGCUGCCGGACGCCGCGAUGGCCGCGUCCGUAGCGUUGCCCGAACGGUACCGUCAGCCGACGGCCACGGUACCGGCCACCGCCCAUCACCAGGCCACGGCCAUGUCGGCCGAAGGUGACCGCUCGCAGCACCGCCGUCACUACCAAAACGGUUACCGGCCGCACCACGCCAAGUACAACAGCGUGUCGGCCGGCAGCGCGCUGUCCAAGUCCAUGCGGUACGCCGACGGUUGGCUGUACGAACGAGACGCCGGCGCCGGCGGGGCGGGGACGGUCGGCCGCCACGGGGCCGCGAGUUGCCGGAACAAGUCCCGCAGCACUUUCCUGGGCCGCGAGCACUUUGGCACGGUCGCGGCUGCCGCCGUGGCGGUGGCUGCUGCAGCGGCCACGGUGCAAGUCGCACCGUCGUCCGAAGACCCCUACGACCGUGUUCGCAGGAACCGAAUGGCCACCGCGGCCACCGCAGCCGGGAAACUCGACCGGAAACGGAACCGCAGUGGUUCGCCGAGAACGCCUUCGCCCGAUUAUGACGACACGGGUGCAGGCGGUCGCGUCGUCUCGUCGUCCCGUCGAUCGAUACUCGAGUGCAACGUCAACCCGUACGAUCUGUUGCAGCAGACCUCCGACAAUGACGACAACGACGACGACGGUGGCGGCGACGGAGACUGUCCUAAGAGGAUGUCGCUCAAAGAUAAGUUCAUGAACCGCAUACAAGACACUGUGUUCGCCAAGAAUAAGUCGAGCAUCGGCGGUUUUGGAUCGUUUUCGUCCAACGGAUCGGCCAAAAAGACCCCGGUGGACCGGAAUGCAGGCGGAGGCGUCAACAUCGCCGGACACACGGUUCGACUGUUUGAUGGCCCCAAGUCUCCAGCCAGCCACAAAAACGCGUCUUCGGUGUGGUACGACGACGGGUCCGCUUCGGACGUGGCCACCACGGUGGCCCCUGGGACGGACCAAUCGCCGGUGAGACCUCCGAGGCGCCGGUGCAAGCCGACCACUGGCGUUGACUUGUCCACGGGCCCGGCCAAGCGAUCUCACUCGCUGACGACGUGUGGCAUGACCACCAUGUCGGCGGAGAUCAAGUCCAUUCUGAAAAAGCCCACGUCGCUGACCACAGACGACCUAAGUCCGGUGAGGUCGAGGACGCCGGUUACCGCUACGUCAGCCGAAGUCGUCGGUGCCAGUCCGUGCAGCGGGCCGCAGAAGAAAACGAAGAAGCAGGUGCAAUUCGACAUCGUUUCGGUGGUCCUCGAAAAACCGAGAGAAGACGACGGCCACCACUCGGAAACUGCAACUUCGGUGGUGACGGAAAACAGUGUCGAACACACGGCACUGCCGACGCCUGCACCACCAACGCCGACGGCUGCUCAUCACCCGCAGCAUCGGCAAGACCAAAACCCUUUGUGUAGUGGUCCCGAAGCGAUUGUGGCAGCCGUCGAACGGAAACUGAAGAGAAGCCUAAGCGACAGACAAAACUCCGGAAAUGCCACCGGGUUGGAUGACGUGACGGUGUUCAACGACACCAUGCGAAUCCACGUAAGGCACAAGAGCAGACCGGACAGUCGGGUGGCGUUUGACAGGCCAGCCGAACCACCACCACCUCCACCACCACCACCUCCGAAAACGUCGUCCCCGACGAUCACCGAACUGUUUCUAUGUGGAAGAAGAACAGGUGGCGGUGGCGAGGACAAUGACGACGACCACAACAAUAACAACAACAACAGGACAGUGGUGCAAGUUUCGCCGUCUGAAGAACUCGGCACGUGCCCAGAAUAUCCAGCCGAACCGGAACAGAAAACGUCCAUACUGAUCAACUCGAGCCCGGGACUAAAGACGUCGGUGAUCAUCGGCGAGGGUGGUGCGGCGUACGCAGCGUCGUCCGACAACAAGGUGACCAUCAGCAUCCGGCCGACCGGAAACACUGGCCGGGGGGGCAGGACCGGGAAUUAUAGGAGCAACGUGACUGUGGUGGACCGGGCCGGAAGUCGGAUGUCCGACUUCAUACGGAUGAACUACGACCCUGUGCAAGCGGCUCGCCUGGACGUGACGCCACACGUAUGCGGCCGUAGGUCAAGCGGCGGCGACACCACGCCGUUGGUCAGCCCGUACCGCGUGUCGGAAAUUGAAAAACACCACAUGGCCGUCCACCCGCUGUCCGACACCGAGUCCAGUUCCGAGUCGUGUUACGCCUCGGCCAAAGAGGACGCGUCCUACUCGUCGGCGUCGUCGGCGUCCUCGUCAUCGUUCUCGUCCACUUCGUCCUCGGCCGCGGCCAUAAUGGCGGCCGACACGGAACCCAUCUACGAGGAGAUAUCGGAAUCGCCCACGCCACCGCCGCUACCCUCGUGCCCACCGCCAGACCGCGCCGACCACGAGCCGGCCGCCAUACUGCCGUGCCGAUCAAUAUUUGAGGGAGCCACUAAGUAUGACAUCAUCAACUAUCUGGUGGAUGCGAAACGUCGGUGUGGUUCUCUGCACGACACGUCCGCCUUACAUCCGAAGUUCGUGGUUGUCAGCGACGAUCAGGCGGCCGCCGAGUCCGACUCUUGCGGCGGCGGCGGUGCGUGCAACGACUCGGGCGAAGAAUCCUCGUCAUACGGCGGUUGCAGUCCGGCCGCGGUGGCCGCGAUACUACAGUCUGCGGACGCGGCCAAGAGGGCCGCGGUGGAAAUCGAGCGCAACGAUUCGGGCGUGGGCUCGGAGACCAGUCAAAGCUCGCGGAGCAAGUGGCAGCAGCAACAGCAACAGCAACAGCAGCACGAGACCCAGCACAGUUGCGAGGACUGCGACCAGCCCGUCGAGAUACAGACGACGGAUGGUGGCAUCAUGUUCGCGCCGCUGGUGUGCCGCAAGUGUCACAAACGCAGGGCCGAGCGGCGGGAGAUCAUAGCCGAAAUCGUCGAGACCGAGGAGAAGUACGGCAGAGACCUGGACAUCGUCACCGAGGAGUUUUACCGGCCCAUGAUGGUGGCCGGUCUGCUGAACGCCGACCAGCUGACCACCGUGUUCCUAAACGUGUCCGAGCUGAAGGAGCACAGCGCCGCCCUGUCGCAGAAGCUGCGCGACGCGUACGAGAUAGCCGUCGAACAGGGCGACGACGACUUGCUCACAGUGAACAUCGGCCGGCUGUUCCUGGAAGCGUCGCCGUCCAUGCUGCACGCGUUCCAGUCGUACUGCACCCGCCAGGGCAACGCCGCGUUGUUGCUCGCCAACCUGGAGAAGGAGAAAGAGCUUCUGCGCAUAUUCUUGAGGGUGUCGCAGAUGGAAAACGCAGUGCUCCGCCGGAUGAACCUCAACAGUUUCCUAAUGGUGCCCGUCCAACGCGUGACCAAGUAUCCGCUGCUGUUGGCGCGCUUGUACAAAGUCACGCCCGAACACCAUCUGGAAGCUCGGCAGACGCUCAACGAAGCGAGGCACAAGAUACAAUUGCACCUGGAACACAUAAACUCCCUGGCCAAAGACAUCAGUUCCACGAAACUGUGGCGAAAAAUUUACGCGAUCAAUGGCAAGAGGCCUGAUAACGAGGACUUGGCAGACAUCAAAUUUCGCAAGGUGGCCGUGGACGUGCUCGAAUGGUCGGGACUUGGAGAAGAGAUCCGGUUCGCCAUGGAGGGUCGGCUGCUGUACACACAACCGUCGGACCACAAUUGGCGGCGGGGCGGCAGGACCAUCAAACUGAUGCCGAUAAACGCGAUCAUCGUGACGUUGGGAAAGCCCAACGACAAUUACAACCCGGACGCGGACGACAUCUCGUUUCCCAGACAGAACGGCAUCAGAGACGCGUCGCUGGUGUUGCUCAAGGAGAAGAGCGGCAGGAUAAGCUUACUUCGGGAACCCAUGUACUUGGACCGGUGUGUAUUAUGCUGUGAAAGCGACUGGGACGAUUACUUCGAACUGCACGAAAUCACUACCAAGGACACGUACAUACUGAAAGGCCAAGACGGCGAGCAGACGAAAAUGUGGUACAAACAGCUGCAAUAUCAUUGUCAGACACUCGGAUGCUGGAGGAAGAGACGAAAUGCCCUGGCAAACAUUAUGAUCAACAGAAACUGUACUUAGUUGUUGCCCGACCGCCGGCUCAUCAUACACUGCGCUUAUUCGAAGUUGUCGUUCUACGAUUAUCAACAUUAUUAUUAUUAUUAUUAUUAUUAUUAUUAUUAUUAUUAUUAUUAUUAUUAUUAU